AUGAAUGAGGCACAGUUCUUCAACAAGAUCAAAGCUUCAGAGCUUCAAGUUGAACUUGAACAAGCAUUCAAGAAAUCCAAAACAACGACUAAAGUUGCCGUAGUAAUGAAGAAAAUAGUGGCCAAUAUCAUUCUAAAUAAUCUGGAAAUGGUCCGGUUAAUGCCGGAAGUCGUUGGACUUCUAUCAAUGGAUUCAUUUGAAAUUCGUAAGAAAUGUUUGCAAUAUUUGAAUGCUUAUGCCAUGAUGGACCCUAAGCUGUCAUCUGAAGCCAUCCCUAUGUUAAGACGGUUUCUUGAAGAGAAACUGAGUCCUGGACUCAUCAUCAUAACCCUCAGAACAGUCUCCAGUAUUGGAAAUCCUGAUUAUGUUAAAUUGGCUAUUAGUAGCAUCCCUAGACUCUUAAGAAACCAAGAUCCAAUGAUUAGAAAAGCUGCAGUUUUGGCAGUGGGGAAAGUUUACCAAUUCGAUCUGAAAAGUGUUACCCGGGAGAAUUUGAUUGACCAAUUGAAUCUGUUGCUCCAUGAUGAUAAUAAUUUUGUGGUGGCCACAGCUUUGGCAGUGUUGGGGUUUAUCACUGAACAAAACAAUUCUUUGGCAUUGCAAGUUGAUAAGGAACAUGCCUUCAAAUUGGUGGAGCUCCUUCCCAAAUCGAAUGAAUGGUGUCAGAUCUAUAUUUUGAAUUCUUUGAUGCUGUUUGUUCCACAAACCCAUAGAGAAGCAUUGACUUUGAUUGAAGCCACGAUCCCAUCGUUACAACAUGAGAAUUCAUCAGUGGUUUUAAACUCUCUUAAAGUCAUUGUUUAUUUGAGUAAUUAUGUUCUGGAUAUCACCAAUGUUGUUCCUGGUUGGAGCAAGAAAUUAGGCACAUCUUUAGUGGCAUUACUUUCCAAUCCUCCCGAAAUUCAAUUCUUGGUGCUUCGAAAUGCCAUUCUUUUAUUACUUUCUAAACGGAACUUGGUAUCUCUUGAUGUUGAACAAUUAUUCUGUCAUUAUGAUGAUCCUGUUUAUGUCAAAGAUACAAAAUUGGAGAUCAUGUACUUGUUGGCCAAUGAAAGUAAUAUCUCUGUUGUAUUACCAGAAUUGGAAGAAUAUGCAUUGGAUAUUGAUAUUCAAAUGGCUAGGAAAGCUAUAAGAGCUUUUGGGAAUUUGGCAGUCAAAUUAGAAAAUGCUGCUGAUCAUUGUAUGUCAGUUAUGGCCUCUUUAAUUACCAAUGGAGUUGAUUACAUCGUUCAGGAAUCUGCAAUUGUGGUUAAGAACGUGGUCAGAAAGUAUCCGGGGAAAUUUGACUAUGUAGUUCAAGAGCUCUUGCAACAUUAUGAUUUGAUUGAAGAAAGUGAUGCCAAAAUUUCAAUGGUAUGGAUUAUAGGCCAAUAUUGUUCAAUCAUUGAUAAUGUCGACGUUGUGUUUAAUCAUUAUGCCAAAUCCUUCUUGGACGAACCAGUAGAAGUCCAGCUAGCAAUUGUCACCGCAGUGGUUAAAUAUUAUCUCAUAAUUCCUUCCAAGGGAGAACAGGUGAUGAUUCAAGUGUUGAAAUGGGCCACUGAAGACUCAGGAAAUCCAGAUUUAAGAGAUCGUGCCUAUAUAUAUUGGAGAUUAGUGUCUUCAACUUCAACAACUGGUGGUGGAGGAGGGCAGUCCACAGCAUUCCAAGAAUUGACAAAGAGUAUUGUCUUACAUAAUAAUCCACCCAUAAACUCCACCAAUGAUAAUAUCGACCCGAAUAUUUUGCAAGAGUUGGAAUUGAAUAUCGGAACAUUAGCAUCCAUCUAUUUGAAACCAGUUACGUUUGUGUUCCGAUUAUCGAAAAGAAAGACAUUAACUUCAAGUCCAGCACUUCAAAAGAGAAGUCCUAAAUUGAUUGAUCCUGGUGAUCAUCAUCAACGGCCAACACUUACCCCACCACCAGUACCUUUCAAAGCAGAUCGACAAAGAUUGACUGUACCAACAUUGGAAUCUAAAAGAACAAACUCAACUGGUGAAAUUCCUUAUCUCCCAAGAACAAAGUCAUAUGAAUCUGCCAGUAGUGGAGAAGUUAAAAAGGAAAGUUUGACUAGAAGACUUACCAGGAAGGCGUCACUACUUUCUCGAAGUAAUAGCCACAAGAAGUUUUGA